UCGAUGGAGUGAAGACGUAUGUUGUGAAAUUGAUUUCCUAUUAUUUCGCCUGCCGUCAUCAAAAAAAACGGUCUAAUGUAAAUAAACUAGUUUGAAAAAUUCUUUUUACUUUACAUUUAGGUAGAGUUAGUGAAUUUUUCCUAGAGUUUAAAUGUAGAAAUAGUAGGAUGUUGCUAGAACAUUUAUUGGUGCCUGUGAUCUGCCUUGGAAUAGAAGUAUUUGGACGAGUGUUGGGUGACGAAGUGGAAAUAAGGCAAGUGGCAACAGACAAGGGUACGGAAAAUGUGACCAUUCCUUGUGGAAGUGAGCCCCUGAUGCCGGCAGUCACCGUCCAGUGGGUCUAUAGAGGCAAUCGCACGCACCAUGAAGUUCUGGCGGACGGCAGCUUACUUCUUGCCCUGGUGGGAGUGGAAGACGAGGGCCUGUAUGAGUGCGGAGUAGAGAAUGAAACUUCCUUCGUCGAUAGAGUAAACAUCACAGUCAGAACGGAACCCCCACCGUUAGUGAAUGUGACAGUCCACGCGUCAACAAUUCUGGCCAUCAUUUUGUGGAACGUGGCUGGUGAAGGUGGACAUCCGAUCAUUGACUUCACAGCGCAGUACCGCUCCGCGAUGCCUGUUAAUGGCACGCUGGAGGCCUGGAAACCUAUCAGCCCUAAUCAUAUAAGCCCUAACUCUCGUCAAAUAGACGUUUACCACUUGGAGCCGAAUGCCUCAUAUUGGUUCAGAGUAUGGGCCAACAACGUUCUGGGACCCGGACCGCCUGUCGAGGUCCUUGCGACCACCCUCUACAGCGACCAGGAAGCUGAACUUUACAAGCACUUCCUGGAAGGCGCUGAGACGUUCGACACCCGGACGUGGGUGGCUGCGGUGUGCGUAGUAAUGGGCACUUUAGCCGUCCUAGCAGCAGGAACUUGCGCAGUUCUGUGCCGCGAAUGGCGACGCUCAGAUUAUUCAGAGGAGCAAGACAUAAUAGAACUUGUGCCUAACAUUAUACUUAACCCUGGUUUCAUGGAGACGGAUCCAGUGAGACCCAAAGAGCAAAUCGUCAAGUCGGCGGAGUGUCCGGGCCCCGGUAAACCCAGGCGGGUUUGAUUUUCGUCUAUCUUGAACCUUAGGAUAUUCUAUCUUAGCGAUCCUGGCCUGUUGUCAUGAUCCUAGAUUCGAUUGUUUUUCUUAAAAACUAAACAAAUCGUGAUGAUCGUAGAACAAUGUCGGAUUUGAAAAAAAACCAUAAUCCACUUCUUAUCAUAU